AUGUCUCUGAAACUUCUUCUCAUUCUUCUCCUCGCCCUCACCUCCAUCGCGGCGGCUCAAUCCAACCCCUCGCCCGGACCCAGCAAAGAAACAAGCGAGGCUCCAAAGCCUAAGUACUCCGAUCUGCCGGCGGCAGAGCCGACCGUCGUGGAAGCAGGGGAAGUUGCGAGGGCAGGGGAGGGUGAGGGGCAGAGGAAGAAGCACACUGACAAGUCGGUGGCAGGCGGCGGAGUUAUAAUCGGCGGCCUUCUCACCGCCGUGUGUAUGGCGGUCUUCUGUUACAUACGCGUGACCAGGAAGAGAGACGACGAGCUGCCGAUGUUUUUGGAGAGGAAAUCGACGGAUGCUCUGGUUUUGGACAGACAGUCGGUUACGUCAUCACCUUCUUCUCACUGA